GGUGACGUCACAUACCAGGAAGUGCUUCAGUAUCCGGUAAUCAAAAUGGAAACAGUUGUACUAAAGUAGCUUUAAAUCUUGCACUUAUGAACCUUUAUUUACUGAAAAUCUUGCGUUUAACUUUUUUCCUGAAUUUACAGUAAUAGUGAGCUGCACCUGUGAGGGCUGACGUCACCGAAGAAGCUGCAGCUCCGUGCAUCUCCGCUGCUAGCUUAGUUAUCUUACUUCUAACGUUAAAAAUAGUCUUAGCCUGACAUUUACACAUUUCUGGUUUUACAUUUUGGGACCAGACAGCAGCAGAAUGCAUCGGAGAGGUGUCGGUGCGGGAGCUAUUGCCAAAAAGAAGCUGGCAGAGGCCAAAUAUAAAGAAAGAGGAACUGUUCUUGCAGAGGACCAAAUAGUUCAGAUGUCCAAGCAGUUGGAGACCUUCAAGUCUCACCUGGAGGAGUUCGCCAGCAAACACAAACAGGAAAUCCGCAAGAAUCCACAGUUCAGGGUCCAGUUCCAGGAAAUGUGUGCCACCAUCGGAGUUGACCCGCUUGCCUCUGGAAAAGGUUUUUGGUCUGAGAUGCUCGGAGUCGGUGACUUCUAUUAUGAGCUUGGUGUGCAGAUUAUUGAAGUGUGUCUGGCACUCAAACACAGAAAUGGAGGGCUCAUUACUUUGGAUGAACUCCAUCAGAGAGUACUGAAAGGAAGGGGGAAAUACGCUCAGGAUGUGAGCCAAGAUGACUUGAUGAGAGCCAUAAAGAAACUGAAGGUCAUGGGAAGCGGUUUUGGGAUGAUUCCUGUCGGUGGUUCUUACCUGGUGCAGUCGGUCCCAGCAGAGCUCAACAUGGAUCACACUGUAGUCCUGCAGCUGGCUGAGAAGAAGGGCUACGUCACUGUGAGUGAGAUCAAGGAGGGUCUGAAAUGGGAGAAGGAGCGAGCUUGUCACGUCCUGGAUCACUUGCUGAAAGAGGGCUUGGCUUGGUUAGACUCUCAAGCUGCCGGAGAAGCUCAGUACUGGCUGCCAGCUCUCUUCUCCGAGCUGACCUCCCGUGAUGUCACACCAGAGGAGGCCAAUCAGAUGACACCUUAAAGGGAACGACCCGGACUGUGGACUGACAGUCUUUUUAAGAGGCAUGUCAGUAAACAAAAUGUGCCAGGCGGAGCGGCUCAUGUGAUGGAGUUGGCGGGUUCACUGGAACUAGGCACGCAGCGUAAACUCCCUCUGAGAUCAUUUUCUGGACACACGGAGGGAAACUUUCCUCAUCGGACUCUCCGCAGUAACAUCUAUGCAACGAGUGCACUUAAAACUAUUACAGACUCACUGGAAGCUGCUCGCUUUCCUUCACACUGCAUAUGAAAGUCAGAUGUUUUGUUGUCUCGGUGGUGACGGUUUACGGGGUUUAAUGAUAACUCUCAAUGUACAGAAGCUGUAAUUAUGAAAAUGUUUAUGUAUAAACUUCAACUUUUAAAAGGAAA